ACUGUGGAGAGGGGGAAGGCCGCUCUGCUAAGAGGACAAACAGCGAUUAUGGAUCAGUUGAAGACCAUAAUGACGCUCCUACAAGAUCCUGGAAGGCCGGCAGCAGAUUCACAGCCACAGCCACAGCCACACCCACACCCACAACCGGAAGAGGAGGCUCGGACACCGGAAGAUGACUUCAUUCUCCCAAAUGAUUACCAACCGGAUGAUGAUGACAUGUUCUGUACACCUGAGAAGACGAAUAUCACCAGCAUCGGGGAUACUCAGGAUUCUGAGGUGCAGGUGUUAGAGACAGCUCCAGAAGUCAUGGAGAACCGGAGGAAGAGAAGGCGGCCUAGGUGGUUCGCUGAGUACACUGAAAUGAAGAAGAAGGCUAGGGCUACUUCGACACUCGUGAAUGCGGACCCACUUAGAGUGGUUGAUCGGAAGCUGCUCAAGACUUUUCACAAUUGGGUACUCGGCCAGAUUGGGAACAAUUACCCGAGAGAGUGCUUCACCGGUCGAUACCAUUCGUCUUGGUUCCUCGAACUGCAUACUCCGAAGUUUUAGCUUGGGAACGAUCAUUUGGAUGCGGCAUUCCAUUUGAUGAGGAGGCGGCAACACUUUUAUCCCGAGUCCUACCCGAGUAGAUGUGUCAUAAUGCCGUGUAUUUUCCCAGCAAGAGUUAUUGCUCGGUAGGAAGCUGCGGGUGAUGGGCAGGCUAACUAUC